GCCCGACUCGGUUUCCUACCUCCCUCUGGCCGCCUGUGUUGUUCUCCCGGCUCAGCGAGCGCCCGCCGUUCGCUCCGCCCUCCCGAGCCGCAGCCCCGCGCUGCCUGGGACUGGGAUCAGCUGCGCAGAGAGGCCUGUGCGGGCGGGCGAGUGUGUGUGGGGGGGACAGGAGCGGCGCAGAUCUGCGGGGAGGCAGCGGAGAGAUCCCCAUGGCGAUAGCGGACCUCACAAAUCCCCAUUAUUAUAGGGCUAGCUGGUGACAUCGCUAUAGGGGUGGCUCCGUGAUCCUCAUUGCUAAAGGGGAGUUCAGAGAUUCCCCACUGCUAUAGGGGAGCUUAGAGAGCCUCAUUGCUAUAGGGGUAGCUCAGAGAUCCCCACUGCUAUAGGGGAGCUUAGAGAGCCUCAUCGCUAUAGGGGAGCUCAGAGAUCCCCACUGCUAUAGGGGUGGCUCAGAGAUCCUCAUUGCUAUAGGUAAUACCUAGAUCUCCAGCAUGGUAAGGUUUAGCUUGGCCUGGGUCUUUCAGCGCUAACUGUGGAGCAACACCCGUGUCCUCCUGCUAUCAAGGGUGAGCCCUGUUACCUGCCCACCGGAGGCAUCCAGUGCCACCACUCUUCAUAAGAAAGGCCUAGGGACACACAGGAGAGGAGGUAACGAGGGGCUGAUGUGAUCCCAUCCCACCAGUGCCAGAGGAGGGACGGAUGGAGAACUUCACGCCACUGUCCUCGGGGCCAAAAAUGGUGUCCGAAACACACGGUAGCGCCUGCCAGGCCUCCUUUCAGGAUACUUCAUUACAAAGCAGCAGGAAUUGACCCACAGGAACCACACCUUGUUAGGAACGCUAUACAGCAAACAGUGACAUCUAGUGGCUGAGUCAUCUAUUGCAAACCAACAUUACACAGAAGAAUCAAAUACAGAUGUGGCUUCUGCAGUGACUUUAACUGAUGAAAUCAUGCUCCCCCAAAUGAAUGGAUGGGUUUCUUGCUUCUCUUUCUUCCUGUUAUGUACUUAUUACAUGGCUGCGGCAAGAAAUGCAAAUAUGCUGCUAGAGCUGAGCCCCCAGGAGUAUUUCAGUAGCUUGCAGCCGGGAAGAGCAUCCCUGGUUUAUUUUAGUCGAGAUGUUUCUCCAGGUGUCCGUCUGUUUCUGGAACAGCUAGAGAACUCGGUCGGAGCUCUUCAGGAUUAUGGGAUUUCAGUGGUGAAGGUUAAUUGUCUCAAAGAAGAUGUAUCAAGAUAUUGUGGGAAAGAAAAUGCCUUAAUGAAAGCGUACCUGUUCAGAGGUAACGUAUUGCUCAGAGAAUUCCCCACAGAUGCCCUGUUCGAUGUGAAUGCCAUUGUAGCCAAUACCCUGUUCGCCCUUCUCUUUAACGAAGUUAAAUAUAUUACAACGCUGGUGGAGCUUCAGAAUCUAGAGAAUUCUCUGAAGGGAAGAUCAAAUGUCGUCUUUGCCUAUGUGCCAGCGAUUGGAACGCCAGAGCACAGAGCAGUAAUGGAAGCUGCUUUUGUAUAUGGUACUGCCCACCAGUUUGUUUUAACCACAGAAGCGGCGCUGGCGAAGGACAUUGGCCAUGAAGAUUCUGAUGCAUUGUCUGCUCGACUCUUCUUCUGCCAUUGUCAGCGGGUCCCGGAUCUGACCCAGCCGUGUAGGAGGACUCCCAUGGUGCAAUCACUGGCCACGCUGAACAUCCACACGUAUCUCAAACUGAUGGCAGCACCCAUUGUGACUGAAGUUGCUGAAGAUCCCGAAAAGGUUUCAACUGUUCACCUACAGCUCGGUCUGCCGCUGGUAUUUAUUCUCAGUCAGAAGGAGACCUAUGAAGUUGAUAAGAGAACUGCUGAGUUUGUUGCGUGGCAGCUGCUGGGGAAAGCAGGAGUUGCCCUCUUGUCAAGGGACUCCGUACAUCUGAACGUUUUUCUCCAAUCUAACAUAGCCCUCAAGACAGCAGAAGAGGGUGCGCCGAUCAAAUACCUGGUUUUGGAAGACACUGAUGAAAUAAUAGCCCUUGUGGAAGACGAGAUAAAGGGCGAACAGAUCCAGGAAGAUGAGGAUGAAAGUGACAGUAAUGACCCGGACGUUCAAGAUGACCAGGUGAUGGAAGCGGUUUACAGAGACAGGAAGCGAGAACUCCCUUUGGAACUCAUCCCUACCCUGACAGAAGAAACUUUUAAUGCUGCUCUGACGGAGACCGCCCACAUGGUGGUGCUAUUCUAUGCCAGUUGGGAAGCGGUGUCUCUGGCGAUGUUGCAAUCGUAUGUAGAGGUGGCCAUUGCGUUAAAAGGAACCCAAGGAAUUUCGCUUGCCAAAGUAAACUGCUGGGACUGGCCUGAUGUCUGCAUGAAGCAGAACGUCACUCAAUUUCCCAUUACCAAGAUGUAUGAGAAGGGAGCAGGGUCGCUGACUUACACUGGCAUGCUCGGAACAGCAGAACUGCUCAGAUUCCUCAGGCUAAGCAGCAUUUCCUGCCCUGUGAAGCUGACCACCAUUGAAGAAGUGGAUGAAUAUUUAAGCGGGGAAGUCCAUGCCGACUCGUCUUCUUACCACAGCACAUCAGUUCUGGGAAUAUUUCACCCUCGCAUGAAAGCAGCAAGGGAAGCUUUCGUCGAAGCAGGAAACAUGCUCAGGGGAUAUGUAACAACAGGACUGUAUGCUGAAGAUGAUGCGUUGGUUCUGGCCCGUAAAUAUGCCGUGCCUCUUCCAGCGCUGCUCCUAGCGAGGCGUGAAGAUCACAGAAUAGAUAGCGUCCCGCUAUCAAAACAGAGUGCCCCGGACAUAGUUCAGACCAUCAGGUCCCAAUUACUGGAAACAUUUCCAGAAAUCACAGUGGAAAAUCUCCCCGACUACUUGAGCCUGGAAAAACCCUUACUCAUUUUGUUCAACGAUGGAGGCCUAAAUCGAAGAGUGAGACUGGAAAUGUUGAGUUUGGCGAAUGGAAAGGGCCACGAGGCGUUUCUCGCUUGCUGGAUGAACCUGAAAAACACUCCUGUAGGCCGAGGAGUCCUGAAGGCAUAUUUCAGCACUCCACCUCCUCUGCCUCUUCUUGCCUGGGUGAACCUUCAUUCCGGCGGUCAAGUAUUUGCAUUUCCUUCAGACCAAUCUGUCACCGAAACGAACAUCUUGUCUUGGCUCGAGAAAUUAAAAGCCGGACUCGAGAUUCCCAGCACUACUUUGUCUGAUGAAGCCUGGAAGCCUCCUCUUCCUGCUUACAAUUUCUUACGCAUGAUGGAGGCCACCCUGCCUGAAUUCACAGUGCACACAGUUUAUAGUCGUGGUGGUACCGAGGACCUGCAGCAGACAGAAGAGGUCUCUGAAGAGAAGUCGACGGUCCGAGAGGAGCAGGUGGAAGAACCGGGGCUGGAAGCAGAGAAAGGCCAGUCGCCAGGGAGAGACUUGCGUGGCACGGUCCCAAGGCUCGUAGGAAGAGAGAAGCCGCCCAAGCGACACACAGAGCUGUGAUGGCCAAUGAUCAGCCUACGGGUGCUAACGAAGGCCGUUAGAAGGGUGGCCAGAAUGUUUCACCCAUGCCGAUCCGAUCUUUAAAAUGGUCAUAGCGAUUCUUUAAAACCAAAAGGGAUGUGGUUGUGUGAAACUUGAGUGAAGGCCGCAGCAGGAUUACGGAUUAAAGCCCGAUUUCCAAGC